AAACAGGUAGUUGUUACGAAUUUUCACGAAAACUUCACCAGGCAAUCGAAACAUAUAUUCCAAGAUGUCUCGCGCAGCUACAAUAUUCCUUUUCGUUUUCGUCGCUUAUCUGGCCAUAAGCGGCGCAAACAGCCACAACAAGGACAGCAGUAACGACAGUGUCCACAACCUCAUCAAGGCCCGCAACAUCGACGGUGCCCACAAGUUGGACAGCUCCAAUGGACCCAAUAGACCCAAUGGACCCAACGGACCCAACAGGCCUAACCACCCGAAUGAACCCAAUAGACCUAAUGGACCCAACGGACCCAACAACCCCAAUGGACCCAACGGACCCAACAACCCCAGUGGACCCAACGGACCCAAUAGGCCUAACCAGCCGAAUGAACCCAACAGACCCAAUGAACCCAACGGACCCAACAACCCCAAUGGACCCAACAGACCCAACAACCUCAGUGGACCCAACGGACCCAACAACCCCAAUGGACCCAACAGACCCAACAGACCCAGUGGACCCAACGGACCCAACAACCCCAAUGAACCCAACGGACCCAACAACCCCAGUGGACCCAACAGACCCAAUAGGCCUAACCACCCGAAUGAACCCAACAGACCCAAUGGACCCAACGGACCCAACAACCCCAAUGGACCCAAC